AUGAUUCAAUCAGCUUCCGGCGUGAUGAGCAAGGUGCAGGAUAUGGUCUCCUAUUUUGAGACGAAGAGGAACGGCACUGUUACGACACAAGCCAGUCGCAGAAGGAGAUCAAUGACUGUGACGAUGAAUUUCGCAAGACGACCAUGGGAGCAUUUUCCCCGACGAAAAUCGUCGUCAUCUACCGCACCUCGAAGAAGGUCUUCGACAUCGACUGGGUCUGAGAGCACCACAUAUGACAUCGCGGAGCGGCAGAUAGCUGAGGCAGGCUAUGCAGCCUCUGAAGGUUCAGGAACAUCGACAGCCACAUUGGAAGGUAGAAGGCGAUCGGUGAAUCCGGACUAUGACUGGGAACAUGAUGGGGAACACGAUGACAUCGCCGAACUCAAGAUGAAUUUGAACAACAUGAGCCUCUGGUCGCCGCCCCUCGAUGCCCUCCUGAAAGGAAGCGAUACACCAAAGGAUCUCACCAAGGUUGACUCGGCAUCAAGCGCCGAGGAGAAAGCAGCCGGCAAUGGAUCACCUAGGUUACGAGAAAUAGACUCCAUGGAUCUCUCUCCUCCUGAGACAGGAGGUGACGAAUCGAGAUCAAGGUCGACCAAAGAGAAGAUCCUGACUCACCAUCAAGACGUCAAGGAAGUUGAGGAUAGCCAGCUCGAAUCUCUGAAAGAGGAGGUAGAUGAGAACCCAGGCGCGGAUAAACCGGCGACGUCGCAUUCAGAGAACACAAAGUCAAACGUCGGCGACAGUCUACAACAAUCGGCCAGCGCCAAGAUCUCAAGCAACAAACCCUCUGCAUCCGAUGCCCUCAGAGUCGGCCCACUUCGUCUGAAGACAGCUCAGCUUGACAAAGACCGGAAGGCCACCGAGGCAACGUCUCCAAACUCAUCCUCGCCCAAGUCGAAAACUCGUCCAAAGCUGGCUGUGGAACUCCCGGGAAUCCCAGAGUCAGAGGCUGAGACACUUGGAAGACAGCGAAGAUUACCUAUGAACAGGGUUAGAGGCCUGACCUCUCACCCACAAGGCAUGAAUAUCAAUAGGUCAUCACGCCCGCCAGUCAGUUUGAGACGCUACCCAAUUAGGAGUUUGUCCUCGCCUCUGCCGGGCCAGCCGACCACGUCGCCAACGCAGAUGAUGGACCUCGUCAACCAGCGCCAGCUGAAGUUCACAAAUAUCAGGGAAGAGAAACUACGAAGACUGAGCAGCAUAGAAACCGCGCGCGGAUCGAAGCGCUCGCAGGGUCUUAUGGGCAGGAGGCACGCAUCUUGCCCAGUAAGCGAGGCGCCGCCGCAGAAGCGGUUGGCGAGGGUGUCAAUUUCGCAACGACUGUCCUUGAGCCAACGGAGAAAGUCGGUUGCCCAGUCAAUCAAGGGUUACAUCCAGUCUACUCGAAGAAGGUCGAGCAUUUUCUUUAGGAGGACUCGUAGUGUGACUAGGUAA